AUGAAGCCUCCCUACUACAUGGAAACUGGGUGCAAGCGAAAUCCGGGGAGCGAUUCGACGUUGAAGGUGCGCUGGACCUUGUACACAAGACUACUCCAGUCGGCUAACCAGGGCUUGGGUAUAGACCCUGGCUCGGGGCAGGUCUUUGCCUCAUGCCCGACCAACACGGUCGCCGAUGUGGAUGCCUAUGUCUCCUCUGCGCACCGAUCAUUCCUCUCUUAUCGGGAGACUAACCCACGCGCACGGGCAAAGAUGCUUCUGAACUGGCAUAACCUCAUCGCCCAGUCCAAGAACGACAUCGCAAAGCUUGUCGUGUAUGAAACAGGUAAGCCCAUGGCUGAGGCCGUUGGUGAGGUUGACUAUGCUCUUGGCUUUGCGUGGUGGUUCGCGGGCGAAGCAGAGCGCGUUCGCGGAUCCAUUGCACAGCCGUCUAUCUCAGAGCGACGCACUUUCGUGAUCAAACAGCCGAUUGGGGUCUGCAUCGCGCUUGUGCCGUGGAACUUUCCAGUGGCCAUGAUCAUCCGCAAAGCAGCAGCGGCAUUGGCGGCGGGUUGUACCGUCGUGAUCAAACCGUCCCCGGAGACGCCACUCAGUGUGCUGGCGUUGGCAGAUUUGGCGCUGCAGGCCGGCUUUGGCCCCGGAGUGAUCAAUGUUCUGACCACAGACAAUUUGAAUACUCCGGACGUUAGUGAGGCACUCUGCAAGCAUCCCCUUGUGCGCAAGGUGACGUUCACUGGAAGCACGGCUGUGGGACAGCUGAUUGCAAGGCAUUGCAGCGAGGGGCUGAAGAAGGUGACGCUAGAGCUCGGCGGAAACUGUCCGUUUAUUAUCUUUGACGACGGGGAUCUGGAGCAGGCAUUAGCUGCUUUGAUGAUUCUUAAAUGGCGCACUGCCGGGCAGGCUUGCACCCAUGCAAAUCGCGUGUAUGUGCAGAGUGGUGUCUACGACACGUUCUUGCGCAUGAUUGUCAAUGCUACAAAACAGCUCAAAGUCGGCCAUGGGGCAAGCCCCGGGACUACCAUGGGACCCCUGACAACGAGUCGUGGGAUCGAGAAGCUCGAGCGGCAUGUUGCAGAUGCUCUUGCAAAGGGGGCCCGACUAGAGCUUGGGGGGCAUCGACUGCAGUUGGAGGGCAACUACUUCCAGCCUACGAUCAUCUCUGGGAUGUCGGCCUAUAUGUUGACAACCCAGGAGGAAAUAUUCGGGCCCCUCCUUGGUCUGUACCGGUUUGAAACUGAAGAGGAGGCUGUCCGCAUGGCAAACGAUACGAGCAUGGGGCUUGCCUCGUACUUUUUCACCAGGGAUGUUAGUCGGACGUGGCGACUGCUAGAGAAUCUGGAAGCGGGCAUGAUCGGAAUGAACACUGGCAAUUCGUCAGCGGCGGAGUCACCGUUUGGUGGCAUCAAAGCGUCAGGAUACGGCAAAGAAGCCGGCAAAGAUGUGGCUAUUGAAGAGUAUCUCAUUGCCAAAACAGGAACAUUGACAGUUGGAGCUGUCUCCAAGCUCUAG